AUUAGUAUUACAGUGUUGAACAGACUAUGUUGUAGGUUUUCAGCUUUUGACAUAGAAUUAGCCAGUCGAAAUGGAAAUAAUCAAUUCGUUUACCGAUGGCUAUGUUGCUGUUAUCUUUUCUAUGAUUAUAUCUUUAAGUAGUGCUACAGAAGUUGGAUGGAAUCCUCUUGAAAUUGUACUCGUAGAAGGUGGACAGCAAAAAACUGCUGCGUUUGGUGUACUUUCAGGUAGAUGGCCAAGUGUUCAGAGGAUAUCUUGUACCUUUGAAGAUGAUCUUCCGAGUCAAUUGACGACAAAGACACAAUUCAAUAUUCCUGGUAGUCCCAAUUUUGGAAUUAAAAGCCAUCCUUUCAUUUUAACAUUGGCGGGAAGGGUCGUAAGAGUGAAAUUUCAAGCUGGAAAUGAUAACGCAUGCGAGAAUAAGGUCUAUAGUUUAAAGGUACAAUGUAAACAACAGGAGAUUACGAUCAAUUUUCCAACAAUAAAAGUAAUAGUUACGAACACAAAGGACAGUAGCAUGUGCAAUGAUCCUCACCUUAACCAAAAAGUGAAAGGAAUUGACGAAGAUGGUAGAAACGUAACGAGAAAUAUUUGUUAUGAUGUCUACGGGACGGAGGGCGAUCAGAUGGAAUUAAUUAGCGAUGCUAUUCUAGGUACAUCUAUCGUUGUUGAACUUCGAGACGACUACUUCAUCGGUAAAGUGUUUUUUUCUUCUAAGUUGGGAUUGCUCAACGUUACUACGACGGCAAUUUCCAAUCGAGGACAGAAAAUUACCCAUUGGGGAAAGGAAGACUUAUAUGUAAUCGGCGAGAUAACCACACACGUUCAAGCAGUCCUUAAACUGUCGCUGGAUAAUCUUAUAAUUGAAUACAACGACGGGAAGAGAUGUCAAUCAAUUAGAAUUGUUAGAAUUCAACAGACAUUCGGAAAGAGCUAUCUAAAUGUGCUUAUCGAAAAAUCAACUAAUAAAGAUGGCGUAUUUGACAAGCAUCACGGUGGUAUUUUUGGUUCAAUUGCCAAUCAACAGUACCAAUUCUGUUACCCUGUUCAAGGAGAAGAAAACGUCACUGUAGUUAAAAUUAAUGGAAGAUUUGUUAAAGCUUUUCUAAAGGAUAAACCUGAUCAAGAUCAUCAAUGUUAUUUAAUUAGUAUUCAAGAUCUACUCUUCCCUAAACAUGUUUCUUCGUUUCAAAAGUCAUUAUAAUAAGUAUUCCCCGUUCUGAUCAAUGAUUGAAAAAUUAUUUCAGUUAAAUAAAUUAUAAAUAAACAAUGCGAUAAGACAAAUCAA